CUCUAUGGAAGGCGCCUCUGCUAGCGUCACUUCCGCUUGCACCGGAAGUGGCUGUCUUUUGGCGAGAGCCUGCGGCGGGGUCGCUAAGGCGGACGCGAAGGAGGCCCGCGGGGGGCGGACCGUUGCCAUGGUGUUCUACUUCACCUCCAGCGUGGUCCCUGCUCCUUAUACAAUUUAUAUGGGAAAGGACAAAUAUGAAAAUGAAGACCUCAUAAAAUAUGGCUGGCCAGAAGAUAUUUGGUUUCAUGUGGACAAGCUCUCCUCUGCACAUGUGUACCUCCGGUUACACAAGGGACAGACGAUAGAUGAUAUUCCAAAAGAGGUUUUGAUUGACUGCGCACAACUUGUGAAGGCCAACAGUAUUCAAGGCUGCAAAAUGAGCAAUGUCAAUGUCGUAUACACCCCAUGGAGCAACCUGAAGAAAACGGGAGACAUGGAUGUGGGACAGAUCGGGUUUCACCGGCAAAAGGACGUGAAGACCUUGACGGUGGAGAAGAGGGUGAACGAGAUCUUGAACAGGCUGGAGAAGACCAAAGUGGAGCGAUUCCCAGACCUGUCGGCCGAGAAGGAAUCCCGCGACCGGGAGGAGAGGAAUGAGAAGAAGGCCCAGAUCCAAGAAAUGAAGAGGAAAGAGAAGGAGGAGAUGAAAAAGAAGAAGGAGAUGGAAGAGCUUAGGAGUUACUCUUCCUUAAUGAAGGCAGAGAACAUGUCCUCUAACCAGGAUGGCAACGAUUCAGACGACUUCAUGUAACCAAGGGUGCCCUCCUUCUGGAUGGCUGAGGUGGACUUUUUGUUGAGGAUGCCAGAAACAAGCAAAUGAACCUGGGAGUCUCUGUAUUUGAUUCAUUGUGGGCAGCCUGUGCCUGGGAGGAGGCACUCUUCUCCUAAGAAAGAGAGAGAUCGAGAGAGUUUCUGCGGAUGCUCUGUGGCGGCCAGUUUUGACUCGAGAGACACCGGGGCGUGCGUGUUUUCUUGGGAAGUUGGGGCAGAAGCCGCUUUUUUAAAGUCUCCUGCUAGAGAAGUGCUUGUUCUGCCUGCAACCUCCUUGCCCAGCAGAGCUCCCUGCUGUGCUUUGCCAUCAAUGGGGUCCCUGACCAGAGGAUGCUCUUGUCUCAUGGUAUUUGAGAUCUAGAGGUUUGGCGUUGGUUCCCCCCCCCCCCAUUUUUUGCAAGUUUUGGGGGACCUAAUUUGAGCAUGCCUGUGUGGAGAGCUUGGGAUUUUCUUCCUCUUGAAAGUCCAUGGAGUUGAGCUUAGUGCCGCUCUGUUCCCAUGCUGUAUAAAAUGCUUGCCUGGAGAAGCCACCCAUGUGUAGCUGGCAGCCACUUUCCUAUUCCCCAAGGGUCACUGUCAUGAUUCGAGUAAAGAUGUGUCUGCUUCUA